AUGGCACCGGUUCUGCUAGCUUGGGUUUGGUUGUUCAUUCCCGGAUUUAAUUUUGCUACUGAAGAAGUGGAUCUGAUAGCAAGUAUCAUCGACGAAUAUUACACCCAGCGACAGGUACCUCUGCUGAUACAAGGUGAGAACCAAGACGUAGUUGAUGGAGUGAUUGGCCGGCUGAGGUUCUCUAGACUGAUUCAAAUCAACUCCAACCUUAUCGGGUACCAAUCCUGGAAAUACGUGGUGACGUUCAUCGAAAGCUACUCCAACUUCCAGCGAAUCGCAGAACUCUACUCCUCGCAGCAAUUCAACCACUUCGGCUAUUACACAGUCAUCUACCGAAACGUUUCGGAGUCGGAAAUCCAACUCACAUUCCGCUCAUUCUGGCAACUGCAAAUCACCAAAGCAGUGCUCAUCGUAUCCAACGAUGACAACUCCCCAUUACUCUACAGCUACACCCCUUACUCGAGAAACAAAUGCGGAACUCCGACGAUCCAUAGUUUUGAACUCCCCAACCGGACUACUCCACUAUUCCAGGCUCACUUCACCGACUUUCACGAGUGUCCACUCCGCUUCGGAACGUUCGAAUCGCUUCCCUUCAUCCACUUCACACCAACGUCAACGGGCGACGAUCGCCGAACCGCCGUAGCUGGAUUCGAGGGUGAGCUCGUCAGCACGAUCGCCGGCAAGCUAAGUUUCCGAAUCGAUGCCGUCGUACCGUCGGACGGCAUCCAGUGGGGGGUUGCUCGACGCAACGGAAGCACCGGUUUGAUGAAGAUCCUCCAGGACGGAACGGUACACUUUGGAGCCGGCUGCCUAGGAUUGUCUGCCGAUCGGAACGAGAUUCUUCAACCCGGCACAUCACACUACGCUUCGCGUGUGGUGUUUGCUGUUCCGGAUGGCCAUCCGUAUUCGGCCUUCGAGAAGCUAUUUCGACCUUACGAGCGGAGCUCGUGGAUCGCCAUUGGAAUCACCGUAUGCGUAGCUGGUGCUACCAUCCUCUUGCUCAGUUUAGCCCCCCGAACGGUUCGCCAAUUUAUCUACGGUACUGACAAUCAAGUUCCGUUUUACAACACCAUCAGCAUUUUCUUCAUCGGAAGCGUCCAUCGAACGCCAAGGCGUAACUUCGCCCGAACCCUACUGAUCCUGUGGAUGAUAUUCUGUCUGGAAAUUCGAACCGUCUAUCAGGGUUUACUGUUCAAGUAUCUGCGCAGCGAUUCGAACCACGAACCCGUCGAUACCCUUGCGGGUAUCGAACGUUCCGAACUGUACUACCACAUGCUUCAGAUCUCCGAGCGGUUCUUCCAGAACAACACUCGAGUACUCAGCCGGGUCCGGCACAUCCCGCAAGGGAACGACAGUCUCAAUGCAGCAAUGGAUGCAAUCGCCAUCCGGCGAUUGGCUGACGGUGUCGUAAUGGUCACUACGGAGCACAUUGCCUUCCACAACAAGCACCGGCUGGAUAAGGGAUUCCUGCGGAGCACCCGAGACUACGUCGUCUCUCUGCCGAUAGUGAUCUACUAUCCGAAGCGAUCCUUUCUGGUACCGGAGUUCAAUCGAGUUAUCGGACAGGUUCAAACCGCAGGUUUGAUGAGCUACUGGGUUCGCCAGUAUGGGAACUACGAUUUUUUCCCGAAGGAAACCCGAGACCAACUGCGACCGGUUCCGUUGAACAUCGAACAACUGAGCGGAUGCUAUCAGGUUUGUGCCGUUCUUUGGAUGGUGUGUUGCGGAGUAUUUUUGCUGGAACUUUGGUCACGGAAAUGGCACCGUCUACGGAUCGUUUUGGAUUUUCUUGCCCAUCAAUAG